UCUCUCUCUCUCUAUAUAUAUAUAGACACAGUUGCAUAUAUGUAUAAAUCUUCAUUUCUCUGUGUGUCUGAGCUUGAAAACAUAAAAAAAAUCAUCAUGGAAAACAACUAUGAGAAAUCAGCAGUGAAUGCAGGUCAAUCCGCUGCGUAUCCAAUGUUGUCGCCGCCUCACCUUGAGAAAAAGCAAGAAAAGCUGGAGAUGUUUUGGACAGACAAGCGGAGAGAAAUGGAGAAUGUUAUUGAUUUCAAGAGCAACCUGCUACCUCGAAUUCACCGCAUCAAGAAGAUCAUGAAGACAGACAAGGAUGUCAGAAUGAUUGCUACUGAAUCACCUGUUUUGUUGGCUAAAGCAUGUGAGUUGUUCAUUCAAGAACUCACUCUUCGUUCCUGGUUUAAAGCUGAGGAAAAUCAUCGUCGUAUUUUGAAGAAGGAUGACGUCACUGAUGUGAUUAUGGAGACUGACACAUUGGAUUUCCUUCUUGAUGAUGAUGCUAAUGUUACUGACGGCUCCACACAAAAUGUUGUUCCGUUUUAUGUUGCUGAAGGCACAAUGGGCGUACAUACUGAUAAUCUUGAUCAUCAAAUGUAACCUUCUUAUUUCCUUAAGUUCAUACCUAUAGGGUUACAAAAGGUACUGAUAACAUACUCUGUUUGAUAAUUUAGGUAGCUUCUGAUGUUCAGACCAACUCGUGAUUAGUGGUACUUCUGAUUAGCGAGAAACAAUAUUGGUGAAUCUUCGUCAUGAAUAACAAGUACCCGAUCUUUUUUUUCAAUAUUACUUUCAGUUUCAUAGAGAUGGAAUUAUUAGUUAUGCGUUUAUUCUAGCAGCUCAUACAAGUAAAAGCUUUCAAACAAACAUAUCAAUAUAAGUUUUGUUUAUGUUAUUUCUUUCAAAUAUAUUAAUAUGUCUCAGUGUUAUGGACUUUAUAUAGAUAUUUCAAAUCAGGUGAUACAUUUACGCUUCAAUUUUCUAUUGAUUUAUGUUAAUUUUACUAUCACGCCAGCUUCGGUUGCUUGUGGCUCUAAGCACCUUAUCGGGUGUAUGGAUAAUAUUGGAGCGUGACAUAAGAUCCUAAGCAUACAAAAGAAUUCUUGAUUCAUAUAAGU